AUGAUUGUGGAAUCAGGAAAGUGGGUGGUGCUAAUAGCAACUGUUUGGAUACAAGCAUUCACUGGGACAAACUUUGAUUUCUCAUCCUAUUCAUCUGAGCUGAAAUCAGUUCUUGAGAUAACUCAGCUUCAGCUGAAUUGUCUUUCAGUGGCAUCUGAUAUGGGGAAAGCUUUUGGGUGGUGUUCUGGUUUUUUACUCAUGUAUUUUCCUUUGUGGGUUGUUAUGUUCAUGUCUGCUUUCUUGGGGCUUCUUGGUUAUGGCUUCCAGUGGCUUGUUAUUCAGAGAUUGAUUGCUUUGCCUUACUUUCUGCAUCAGUUUCAAUGGUCAUUAGUACUCAUUCCAGUUCUCCAACAACAACCACAACCUCAACAACAUUCCACCAACUCACUUAACCUCCGUGAGUCCAUAGUUUUUCUUUGCCUCAACAUCCUUGCACUUGUCACAGGACUUUACCUUCUCUUCCUAUAUUCCCUCUCAUCGUCCUCCCUGACCGUCGCCCGUGUUAUCCUUGUCGGCGCGAUUUUUUCUCUUAGCAAUGCAUUUUCUUGCCAAGCAUUGUGA